AUGGCCGCCAAUGCAAAGAAUGAGUUGAUCUCGCAGAGACCAAUCACUGGAUGGCGAGUGUGCAUGGACUACAGAAAGCUGAACAAGUGGACCUUGAAGGAUCACUUCCCAAUCCCAUUCAUAGAUUCGAUGCUUGACAGGUUGGCUGGAAAAGGGUGGUACUGUUUCUUAGAUGGAUACUCUGGGUGUAUGAUGUCCAUCGUCUUGGAUAUGGUGGAGGAUACUCUGGAGGUAUUCAUGGAUGACUUUUCAGUGGUAGGUGAUACUUUUGAUGAUUAUUUGUUCAAUCUUAGCAGGGCUUUACAGAGAUGCGAGGAGUCCAAUCUAGUGUUGAACUGGGAGAAGUGUCAUUUCAUGGUCAAGGAAGGUAUAGUCCUCGGUCAUAAGGUGUCACAAAAGGGAUUAGAGGUUGACAAAGCCAAAAUUGAGGUGAUUGAAAAUUUUCCUCCACCUAUCUGUGUGAAAGGUGUUCGAAGUUUUUUAGGGCAUGCCGAAUUUUAUAGGCGAUUCAUGAAGGACUUUUCAAAAAUUGCACAUCCCUUGUGCAGGCUUUUGGAGAAUGAGAUGAAUUUUGCUUUUGAUAAGGCAUGCCUAAAAGCUUUUAAAUGCUUGAAGGAGAAGUUGAUUUCUGCUCCAGUGAUCAUUGGCCCAGAUUGGGCUGAACCAUUUGAGGUAAUGUGCGACGCUAGUUGUACUGCCUUAGGAGUUGUAUUGGGGCAGAAGCGCAACAAGAUGUUCCAUCUGAUCUACUAUGCUAGCAAGUCACUAAAUGGAGCACAGAAAAACUACACAGUCACUGAACAGGAACUACUGGUUGUGGUUUAUGCCUUUGAGAAAUUCAGGGCCUACUUGUUGGGUACUAAAGUGAUAGUCCACACGGAUCAUGCAGCUCUGAGAUAUCUCAUGGCAAAGAAAGAUGCCAAGCCAAGGUUGAUCAGAUGGGUGUUGCUGCUUCAGGAGUUUGAUUUUGAGGUUAAUGAUAGGAGAUCUUGUGAAAAUCAGGUAUUAGCUGCCACUCUUGAUUGUAUUCCUCUGUUUGCUGAUUUUGUUAACUUUCUUGUUAGUGAUUUGAUGCCUGAGGGGUUGACAUUUCAGCAAAAGAAGAGGUUCAUGUAUGAUGUAUCGCAAGGAGCCAUAUCUCGGCACCACGUGCUCCCCAUGAUGCCUAUUCUGGAGGUGGAGCUAUUUGAUGUGUGGGGAGUUGCUUUUAUGGGCCCAUUUGUGAGCUCAUAUGGGAAAAGGUAUAUACUUUUGGCAGUGGACUAUGUGUCUAAAUGGGUUGAGGCAAUUGUUCUGCCUGAGAAUGAUGGCAAGAAUGUUGUUGGGUUUCUGAAGAAGAAUAUCUUCUCAAGAUUUGGCACACCCAAAGCUAUUAUCAGUGAUGGAAGUUACCAUUUUUGCAAUAAGACAACUUUCAAAAUGCCUAGUGGUAUGUCUCCAUAUCAGUUGGUGUUUGGAAAGACAAGUAAUUUACAAGUUGAGCUUGAGCAUAAGGCACUCUGGGCUUUAAAGAAGUUGAACCUUAGUUGGGGUGAAACUGUAAACCUGAGACUGGAUCAAAUCAAUGAGAUAGAUGAGUUUCACUUGAGAGCAUAUGAGAGACAUCAUAUGUUUCCAGCAAAGUUGAGAUCCAAAUGGUCUGGACCUUUUAAGGAAACCCUUCACGGGCAAUCCCACGGGAUGUGGUUCCCUUCACGGUUCGUCACAAGCACCUACUUAAUACGGGAGCUACUAGAAAGUGGUUCACGGAAGGGUUCACGAUUGGGUGACGACAUUCUUAAGGCAAGGCAUCACGUUGUAAUUACACAGGGGAAGUCUGAGUACCCGAUAGUGUGUCAUUUUACUGAUUUGCGUACUAAUGGGUUUUUGGUACUUCUCAGGUACUAUGGCUCCCCGAAGAAAGAACGCAGCCCCACAUUCCUCACCUACUACUUCUCAAUCAGAAGGUGA